CUCCAGAAGGCUGCCACUCUUGGUGGGGGCGGGUCAAGAGGAUUUAGUUGUCGUCAUGGCGACGGCUCGGAUGGCCGCAGUCCUUCGGGCCGCGACUGUGGGCAGGAGGCUGCGCGGCUCCCGAGGCACUGAUGGCGCCCGGAGGCUGAGCGGUACCGCGCAGCGGCGGGCGGCGGGGAGCGCCAGCCCGGGGCGCCAGCUCAGCACAGCCUGGGCGCAGGCCCAGUCCCCGCGGGAGGAGGCAGAGGAGCCAUCGUGGGCGCCGACUCCCGCGCCCCCAGUGGUCUCUGAGUCCUCUGAGCCUCCCGCUGGCCGCUCGCUAGUGCAGCGGGACAUCCAGGCCUUCCUGAACCAGUGCGGGGCCAGCCCGGGAGAGGCGCGCCACUGGCUCACGCAGUUCCAGACCUGCUAUCAUUCCGCGGACAAGCCCUUCGCCGUCAUCGAGGUGGACGAGGAAGUGUUCAAGUGCCAGCAAGCUGUAUCCAGCCUGGCCUUCGCCCUGGCCUUCCUGCAGCGCAUGGACAUGAAGCCUCUGGUGGUCCUGGGGCUGCCCACCCCCACGGCGCCCUCCGGCUGUCUUUCCUUCUGGGAGGCCAAGGCGCAGCUCUCCCAGAGCUGUAGGGUGCUGGUGGACGCUCUGCGACACAACGCUGCCACUGCAGUGCCUUUUUUUGGCGGUGGGUCAGUGCUGGGCGCUGCUGAGCCAGCUCCUCAUGCCAGCUACGGCGGCAUCGUCUCGGUGGAGACUGACUUGCUGCAGUGGUGUCUGGAAUCGGGUAGCAUCCCCAUCCUGUGUCCCAUCGGAGAGACCGCCGCGCGCCGCUCAGUGCUUCUCGACUCGCUGGAGGUGACAGCGUCUCUGGCCAAGGCGCUGCAACCCACCAAAAUCAUCUUCCUCAAUAACACAGGCGGCCUACGAGACACCAGACAAAAGGUCCUCAGUAACGUGAACCUGCCCGCCGACCUGGACCUGGUGACCAACGCCGAGUGGGUGAGCACCAAAGAACGGCAGCAGAUACGGCUCAUCGUGGACGUACUCAGCCGCCUGCCUCACCACUCCUCGGCUGUCAUCACUGCCUCCAGCACGCUGCUCACUGAGCUCUUCAGCAACAGAGGGUCCGGGACCCUGUUCAAGAACGCCGAGCGGAUGCUGCGAGUACGCAACCUGGACAGCCUGGACCAGCGCCGUCUAGUGGGCCUGGUCAACGCCAGCUUCGGCAAGAAGCUCCGGGACGACUACCUGGCCUCGCUGCGCCCGCGGCUGCACUCCAUCUACGUCUCUGAGGGGUACAACGCGGCAGCCAUUCUGACCAUGGAGCCGGUACUUGGGGGCACUCCGUACCUGGACAAAUUUGUGGUGAGCUCCAGUCGUCAGGGCCAAGGCUCCGGCCAGAUGCUGUGGGAGUGCCUGCGGCGGGACCUGCAGACGCUUUUUUGGCGGUCUCGGGUCACCAACCCCAUCAAUCCAUGGUACUUCAAGCACAGCGAUGGCAGCUUCUCCAACAAGCAGUGGAUCUUCUUCUGGUUUGGCCUAGCAGAUAUCCGGGACUCCUAUGAGUUGGUCAACCAUGCCAAAGGGCUGCCAGACUCCUUCUGCAAGCCAGCUUCUGACCCAGGCAGCUGACCCUCACCAUAGACCCUGCAGGCCCUGGGACAGCCAGGGUGGACCAAAAGCCAUGCCCUGAGGGUGACCCCAGGCAGCCAUAGGCUGAAAGGGGCUCAUUGGCUGAGGGAUAUGUAGAGGAAUCAGCAGCCUUGGCUCUACCAAGAGUGGUGCCCAAGUGGGACAAGCACAGGAAGAGGGGUGCCCACCUAAGCCCACUUGCCCCAAAGCCACAAGCAGAUGGCUUCAAUAUUUAACCUGGGAAUGGGGGUGGGGGGUGCAGUGGUGCCUUCCAGGGCUAUUCUCAGGGCUAAUAUGAAGAGUGGGCCAGAUUUCUGUGGCCUCUGUGCUGUGUUUUGAGACUCUCUUCCCCCAAAUAUCACCCCUGCCUGCCUGAUAUUCUACCACUCAUUUUAAUUCCUUGGGGUCUUGCAGUGAUUUUCCAGGAGGCAUUGAUUAAAACAAAUACCUAUCUAAGAGUCAGCUCACAGUUGAAAGGAAAUUAGAGUUACCCUCUGGACUAGGAUCUUGAGGGCUGGGGACUAGGGGGCUUCUGAGGAAGUGAAGGAGCUAAUGAGAUGGAGGGUCCCAGGAUGACUUGCCUGGGUGUCAGCAGACCUGAGGGGCUUCCCAUCCCUAGGCCAUUCCACAGACCAGGCAACAGCAGCCUAGCUCCUUCCCUGUGGGUGCCUUCAUUCCCACAGUUCCCUUUCCAGGCAAGGCUCAGGGCCAAGCCCAGACAGGUGUAGGUCAUCAUUCACCUUCAAGAACUACAGCUAGAGCUGCUUCUGGGGCUACACUUUUUGUCACAGGUGCAAGGACAAGAAGGGACACAUUCAAUGAAGAGACCAUCAAGGCAAAGCCGGGGCAGUGAUAGAACCCAAGAACAGCCUCUGUCUUCCUCCAGGGAAUGGGUCAUGUUGAGUACACAUCUGGGCUUGGGUAUGAGAUAGGCCUGACCUGGAAUCCAGCUGUGCUAGUCUGGAUUUGCUCUGUGGCUUUAGGAAAACUGUUCACCUUCUCUGAGCUACCAUUUCCUCAUGUGUAAAAUGUAAAACACUCAGCUUCAUAAUGGACACUUAAUGCUAGUUCUCUCUAGCUGCUCUCACCAAAGAUUUCUUCAAAAGUACAAGUGCCAAAUGGGGAGGAAAAGACAAGUUACAAGAGGGGUUGGGGUAAGAGAGCAAAAGCAUAUAGUACUGUGAGGAUUUUGAGAGUCUUAAAAAGAGCCAAAGAUCUGUGGGAAAUCCAGGAACAGGGGAAAAGUCAUGAGGAGGACCAAGGUGGAGCUUAACUAGAUAUGGUCUUUCAAGAAACCCAAGAUCUGAGCCAGCGGCAUAGUGCCCAGGAGAACAAUGAAACAAAACCAAAUGUCUAUAUAAAAUGUUUAUUUUUGGA